ACAGUUGAAAGUGCGUGUGUGAGUAGAGACAAAUGGACGGAAAAGGAUACGGUCGACUGCACAACGCUUUUGUUGAAUUAUGCGUCGUUGUUGGAAUGGAUGAAGACACCGGACUAGUUUUCGAAUCCCAUCUAGAUUCCGAUUCUCAAUUCUCGACGACUGAAACAGAGACUUCUCCUGUGGCCACACUGACUUCAUGUAGCUAUCUUCCAUUUGUUUUGGCCGCCGUGUCUGGAGAAGUCGGGAACUUUCCUAAGUCUGGAUGUCCACCAGUUGAGACAUUUGUAACUGACUGUAGCAGUCAACCAUGUGCAAGUAAGAGCAACAGAUUAAGGAAACGUAGUGAAUCGAUGCUGACCAGACAGGCAACGUUAUCUCCAAGUGCGGCAUUGGUUAAAACUCCAGAGUUGCCUUUGUCAUCAGAAGAAAUAGAAGGACUACCAUCAUUCUGUCUACCAGAAUCAGCUAGAGUCUUUACAGAAAAGCCACCGGCACAGUGCCACUCAUUUGUUAUGACUGAUUUAUUAGGUAUGCAUCGGUAUACAAUGUGUCUAACAUACUACAGAAAGUUUAGAGCAACACCUCAGGACGAGAAAAGCAGCUGCUAUACAUUGCAACUUGCCGACAAUGAAUGCACCAACGAAGGUGACAAGUGUAUAGAGUGCUACGUGCCUACGUGUGUAUGCCUCAUCGCCAGUCAGCCAUACUUUCAGGUUUUGAAGGAUUGCCUUACUAAUUUGUUGUCUCGACUGACUGAUAGCACUCUGAAAUUGAAUAGCACAUUGCUGGAAUUUAUACCAAAGCUGGCACUCAUUCCUGUCCCGCCAGCUGGCAGCGUUUCUGUGAAAUUUCGUGAGUUUGGAUAUGCUCAUUCUCUUUAUCCAACACUUCCAUAUCGUCCGGUGUGUGGUUUACAUUUGCACCAUCCUUUCACAUUGUUCAGUGUCGACGAUAUUCUCACAAUCGUCGGUUGUAUUUUGACCGAGAAACAGAUCGUGUUUUUUUCAUCAAUGCUGGCAUUACUCACACCAGUCAUUGAGUGUUUCUUUGCCUACGUCCUUCCAUUUAUAUGGAGACACGUAUACAUACCUGUUCUUCCCGGGAAUUUGAUUGACUAUAUUUCUGCCCCUGGAACGUUUAUAAUGGGUUGUCAUGCACAAUUUGAAGAAGACCUGCCUGAUGGCAUCGUUGCUAUCAAUCUUGAUAAAGGCACAGUCGUGAUGAAUGACACGGAGGAUGAAAUACCCGUAACCCUGCCAUUACAUGCCGUUGAGUUGUUUAAAAGCAGAUACCGAUCAUUUCCAAAGUCGUUUGAUCUUCAAACUUGUUCAACUCCAUCGUAUCUGGAUGCUGAAGAAGAGAAACAAGCUCUUGAGCAGCACGCUUUCAAACUGGAUGCCACCAUCAGAGCAGCAUUUGUUGAAAUGUUGGCUUUCAUCUUUAGGGAUGUGAAUAAGUUUGGUGUAUUUGACAAGUUCCAUCCUGUGUUCAAGAAGCAACUGUUUCUGGACAGUCAACCCCCACAAUUCUGCAAGUUCUACACCAAGGUGUGCUCCACUGACUUGUUUACACAGUUUAUCAACGAUCGAUUGCAACGAAAACAGGAUUACUUUGAUCAAGAAGUAGACGAAUUGAAUAAAAUUAUCAAAGAUCUAGAAGUCAAACAGGAAAGAAGCAAGAAAGACUCGUUUUUUGGCCAUGGUUUUCGACGAAGUGGACGUCGAGUAUUAAAGAACAGUGAGUCAUUGGUUGCAUUAAAGAAAGAGAAGUUGUUGGCAAUUGAAAGGCAGCUAACAGUCACUCUAUCUGGAAAUGAACUUGUAUUGCCAGAAGUAGAGAGUGCGUACUUUACAAAUGGAAAGCAUUUCUAUAAUAUUUGCCUGGAAGAAGUAACUCGCGGCCUCGAGCAAGCUGAUACGGCUGCUGUAAGGGCAUGCUAUCGCUAUAUGAGAGGCAUGCUUCAUCUGGCAUCUGGCCGUGAGUCCGAUGGAACACAAGACCUACAAACAGUAGAAAAGGAGAACCGACUGCUGUACCCAGAAAAACUUUUAGAGAAGCUGACCGAGAAGGAUGAAAAACCGAGUAAACGACAAGGUGCUGUCGAUCAAAUUCGUAUGCCACGACAUGAUCUCAAUGAGCAGGAGUUUGAAAAGUUGACGAUUCAGAUGGGAAUAUUUACUGAUUACUACUGCGCAGCCAAGGGAUGGAAGUGUCUGUCAAACGAUCAGUAUUUAUCUAACGAUCAGUUUAAAGACUUUGUGGAGAACUGGAAAGCGCUUGUGAAGACAGCAGAUCUCUUUGAGUUGCCCGACGACGUACAACUGGAGGACGGAGAGGAUAUUUUGUUGAUUUCUGGUUGUGUCAGUCACAGUCAGGGAAUCGGUCGAUUGGUUUUAACUCCGUUCCGGCUGUUGGUUGUGCAAGGUGCUGUGUGCCAGCAAGUCAUGAUGCUGACUGAUAUCAUGGGUGUAGAGAAGUAUACAUCUCUGUUUCGGAAUUUCAUUGGUCGAGAUGGCCUGAAGCUUACACUUCCUGGAGGUCAAAGGUUAAUCGUAAAUCUGAAAGAGGCAAGUGACUUGUGGCAACUUUACAUUGAGGAAUUAAUAGCAGCCAAUAAGAUGGCAUACGGGCACAAGAAUCCGAGUAUUUUGCAUUCUGCGGCUGCUAAUGUGGUGGCUGUACAUGUUUUGCAUGAAGUGAUGUUGGACUUUGAUGUCGUCUCAGUGACAGGAGCGUCAGACGGUGGAUUGAGUAACUCAGAGGACUUGCUCUUCUGCAGAGGCAAAGAGAAUAUCAAGCUACCACCUCUCACAUUUGAUGCUCUCGACUGCAUCGUCUUUCCGCCAUCCUACGAUCUCACCAGAAAGACCAUCGAAUGCAUGCACUAUACACCAGAUAAACGAAAAGGGUCAGGAAGGCUGUGGUGUGGCUUCGGCACUUCACUGCUAGUCUGUGACGUCGCCAGUUGGAAUUUCGAUUUUCCUAUCCCGAUAGCUCAAGAUCGUAUCUCGUGCAUCGCAGCUGUAGGCGAAAGUGUGUGGGUGGGGUCACUCGACAAGAAAGUUUACGUUGUGAGUAUUGAGUCAACGAAAGUGGAUAGGAGUUUGUCGGGCCACGACGAUUUAGUCAUCGGAAUAAUCACACAGCAAGUGGAUGAAACGUUCGUCAUGUGGACGAUUGCGAGCAACGGCCACUUUAUAGCUUGGAACCCGGAGUCAUUGGACAAGCAACUGGAGUUCCGUCUCGAAAAUAUAUAUCAGUUGUCGUCGCCGGUCGUCCUGGGCGACCACAUCUGGUUCUGCGAGAAAAAGCGGAAAGUCUUAGUCGUCGAAACGAAGUCGCCUCAUAGUAUCGUCAAACGGUUGACUCUGAAUGCCUCGCCUCAGAAGCUGUUCUCAGCUGACUGUCUCGUUGUUACACCAAAUCAACAAGUGUGGUGUGCUUGGUCUCCACUGGAGGGCAGGCCUCAGUUGGUUGUGUGGGACUCGGCAUACAAGGAGGUGUCCACAACUGAAUAUGAUACUACUAGUUCAUUCACAUGUAUGGUGAUCCAUGAAGACAAUGUCUGGAUUGGGACAAAGGACGGGAGCAUUUUUGUAGUAAAGUGGAAACCCCCGAGAUCUACACUACAGGUGUUGAAACAGGCCCACAGAGGUGCCGUUCGGUCUCUCUGCGUUAUCGAUGGGCGAACAGCGAGCGGCUCAACAUCAUCUGAAGGCCACAUUGCAAUCUGGAAAUGAGAGUGCAUCCGCAGUUGCAUGUUAUCGAGUUAUUAUUUCAUUGCAACCUUUUGUCGUUGAGCGGCUGCUGCUGCUGGUUUGAUAUUAAC